AUGGAAGCACAAGGCACGGACAACGGCGUCGUUAAGCUUCAACCAGUGCUGCGCGGAAAAGGCUCACGCCAAGUCAUCCGCAUCAUCAACCAUUCUAAGAAGCCACUAUCUUUCUAUUUAAAGAGCCCAGAUGGACAGCUCAGUGCAAAUGGUGUCAGCUGGAGACCUCACUCUUCACCUUCAUCGAUGAUUAAAUUGCUCCCAAAGCAAAGCAUUUCGGCUGAAAUUCUGUUUCGACCCACUGCAGCAUGCAAAGAGUUCCAGUUACCUUUGGUCGCAGAUUGCCAAAUUGAAAGCGUUCAUGGUCCCCAGACAGUCCCGGUUUUCCUGUGCAAGAUAUCUGGAAAGUGUUUCGAAGCAGAGCUUCGACUUCGACCCCCUUCUGUCGCUUUUGGACAAGUUGUUGUUGGCUCUUGGGUAUCUCGAGAUGUGCUCCUAUCCAACAUUGGGGAGUUGCCAAUGACAUUCCGUUUCUCAAACUUGGAUGCAUAUCUAGGAUUGAUAACUAUUAGCCCAUCCCAAGGGACGUUACAGCCGCAGGCCGACCUUCCCGUGACAGUCACGUUCCGUCCUACGAAGGUAAUCAGCCAAGCACUACACAAAGCGAGAGCGGUAGACAGGAAAAACAGCAUUGGCCAAUUGCCUGACCCAUUUGCUCAGGCCGUAACUAGAUGA